AUGUCUGAAGUGAAUCCCAACUCUCAAGAAGACACAUUACACCAUGAAGCUGUUGGCCAAGAUGUCGCUAUGGAAGUCAGUGAAUCGGAUGCUGCUGACAAUAAUGAAGAGCACACAACGCUUCCAGCCAGCUAUACUUCCCAAGAAGACCUCCCUGAGACUACAAGUGGAGAUGGGAUGGAACAAGAAUUAAAUAGUGCAAGAGACAGCAUGCCAGACAAUCUCUAUGAGCCAGAUACAGAAGACCAGGUGCUUGAUGAAAAAAGUUUGCAAUUAAACCUUGAUAUUGAGGAAAAGCAGCUUGAUCCUACUGAGCUGAUCCCCAAACCGCUACCCCCCCUUCUGUUUGCAGGUGUCUCCAUCAGUCAGGCGGCUGCUGAGGAGACACCCAUGCAUGCAGGUUCCCAGCUGUGCUGGCACCUAGCUGAAUUAAAUAGUGCAAGAGACAGCAUGCCAGACAAUCUCUAUGAGCCAGAUACAGAAGACCAGGUGCUUGAUGAAAAAAGUUUGCAAUUAAACCUUGAUAUUGAGGAAAAGCAGCUUGAUCCUACUGAGGUACUGGAGAAUACUGCAGAUGAAGAAUCGUCGAAAAAUGAAAGCGAUGAAUUGGAGGAUAUAAAUCUCCCCCAGCAGUCAGAUAUUAUUGUCCAGAAUGAAAGCUCACAACUGAGUGUUGUUGAAAGUCAGACACCAGAUACGAGAAACGCGGUAGACCCAGUUCCGGAGGAUAUGAAUGAAAAGACAGAUUUAGAGAAAACCAGUCCAUCAGAUGAAGACUCGUUGAUUUACACUGCAACCCCUCAGACUGCGUUUGAAGUAGAGAACGCACCUCCAAUCGAUAAACCACUCAACUUAGUAUGGUCAUUUGGGAUGAACAAUAAUAUUCCAAUUUAUAAUCUUCAUGAUGAAGAGCAUCAAGUGCUUGUUUAUGCGUGUGCUCACACAGCUGUCAUUCACGACUUCACUCUUAACCGCCAACGCCACCUACAGGGACACUGUAGUUGCAUUUCCUGCAUGUGUGUAAGUGAAGACAGGAGAUGGAUUGCCACAGCUGACUGUGGACCAGAGAGUCUUAUCAUUGUAUGGGAUUCAUUUUCUGGCAUCCCUGUCCAUACAAUAUUCCAGAGCCAUCCAGAAGGGGGAGUAGUUGCCAUAGCUAUGUCUCAGAAUGCUAAAUACUUGGCAACUAUUGGAGGAGAAACAGUUCAGAAAGUCUGUAUUUGGGACUGGACAAAAGGGUCUGAAACACCAGUCUGUUCUGCUGAGCUUGAUGGAGAAUUUGGCCUUCAGAAAUAUAUUAUAUUUAAUCCUCAAGAUCACGCACAACUAAUUACCAACAGUGAAACACAAGUGAUAUUUUACUCAUGGGAUAACUCCAUUCUGGAAUUUGCAGCUCCUCCACUGAAUGAUAAUACCUUUAACAAAGUUGUGGGAGCCUUUAGCCAAUCGGUUUUCCAUUCCGGUAAUGUAAGAUCCUUGACAGCUACAUAUGCAGGAAAACUGGUUGUCUGGGAGACCACAUAUCCCGCUUCGAUCAGAGCAAAAGCUUCCAUAAAGCCACAUAAUAAGAAAGCAUUAAAGCUGAUGCAUCUGCAGAAAGAUGCAAUUACUGUGCUCACUGCCCAUGACAGAUAUUAUGUCACUGGUGAUACUCGUGGACAUGUGAAAUUUUAUGACCAACAACUACAACUGCUAAACUGGUACAGCCAUCUUAAUCUUACUCCAAUCCGUUCCAUUUCUUUCUCAAAAUGCUCCCCUGUACCAGCAAGUGAUAAGACAAAAUAUCCUCAAGAUUGCUCUAUAAGGGGAAAUCAGUUUGCUGUAAGCAACUUUAUUGCAUCCACAUUGGAUGGUUUGGUGCUGCAUGUAUUUACAGAUGGUACAAUGCUGAAAAAGGUGUUACAAGAGCCCAGUGAAGCUGUGCAUGCGCUUGCCUGUCACCCUGGCAAGACACAAAUUGCCAUUGGAAGUUACAAUGGAAUCUUGAAAGUCUGGGACUACAAAGACCGAAACUGUUUCAUCAGCAGAAUUUUUGGCAGAGGCAAAUAUUUCCAGUGCCUUUCAUAUGAUCCUAAAGGGUUCUAUUUAGCAGCUGGCUGUACAGAUGGAAGCGUACAUAUACUGGAUGCUGUGACUCUGGAAGAUGAAACUAAGGAAACAUUCAAGUAUGCCAGAGGAUCAAUAAUUCAUAUCUGUUUCUCUCAUGAUUCACGCUAUUUGGCUACAGCUGAUAAAGAGUUCACAAUCACAGUGUUUCAAUUGACUAAACAAAAUGGAUAUACAGUCUGGGAAUACCUAGGCAGGAAUCGAAGUCACUAUAGAGCAAUACAGAAUAUAAUAUUUGGCAUUCACCUGGACAGCAAUGAACCUAGACUUGUGUCCCUUGGAAGGGAUCGGAUGUUGGUGGAAUAUAAUCUUCUCAAGAGCAGUAAAGACAAUCUAGUCAUUGAAAGCAGUGAGCGCAUAGAUCAGAGUGCCGUUCCACAGUGUUUAGUAUGGUACCCUCCUUUAACAAAAGAAAGUUUUAUCCUUAUUGCUAAUGAUCAGUAUAAAAUGAAACUGUACAACACAACUACCAAAAUGUGCAGAAAGACCCUCUUGGGUCCAACAUUUGGAUCUCCUGUAAGAAAAAUGGAAGUGUUCCCUUGCAAUGAUCAAUAUGCAAGUAAAGGCUACCUGGCAUAUAUCACAGAUGAUAAGGUUGGCCUUCAGAUCCUGCCAAUUGAUGGGAACCCACACAAGUCAAUGGCUCUCAUUUGCCAUCCAGAUGGGGUAGCCAAUGUUGUCUGUUCACCUGAUGGGCAGUAUGUGUUUACUGCUGGAGGAAAUGAUUGCACAGUAUUAAUGUGGAAAACAAACUUUCAGUCUUUGGAGGCCGUUGCUUCCCUUGGGGGUGAUGAAUUAACACCUUUCUAUGGAAUGCUGCCUGGGGGAAGGGAUGGAGCUUUAUUCAAGGAGCUGGAAGAUUACUUUUAUUAUGCUCAACUGCGUAACCAGGGUAUUGAUACAAUGGAGACCAGACAAGUUUCAACACAUAUUCCCUUGAAAGAAGUUCCUUUCAUCAUGCGAGCACUGGGAUAUUAUCCAACAGAGCAAGAGGUGGAAAAUAUUUUAAAUGAAAUCAAGUUUAGUGAGUAUGUAAACACUGGAAAACAAGUCAACCACAUAAACCUUGGGGACUUCAUAAAGCUCUAUAUAAACCACAGACCUGCAUUUGGAUUACGCCUAAAUGAGCUACAACGGGCAUUUCAAGUUCUUGGUUUCACUAACAAUAAAGGGGAACUGGCUGUAAACAGAGGAGAUUUACUGCAACUUCUGCAGACAAGAGGUGAGCAUAUGACCGAAGAAGAGCUUGCAGAAUAUCUUACUACCUUGUUGGGAUUAAAUCCAGAAGGUGGAAGUUCAGAAUUGGCAAUCUAUAAUUCUACAGGUGCACCGGAAUUGCUUGAACAAGAAAUCCCAGAGGAAAUCACAGCGGAUCUGUUGGCUGUGGAGAUUCUUGGUUUACCAGUCCAUACAGAUGACAGGAAUGAAGAGCCCUCUCCAAUUCCAGAGGCUGCAUCAUGA